AUGGCAGUGUCGUUCUCUGGUCAUGCCUCUGGGCAUACCCCAAAGUUGCCCUCUUUUCGAGAGCUGCUCCCUGACUAUCUACAUGACGAAAUCGAUUCCGCUUCAUACAACCCGCACUCAGGCUCCCAACACGGGGGCCGCCUACCUCCCGUCUCCCGCCAGGAUAUGGCCUCAAAACGGGCCUCCGUCAGCCGUCAGUCGUCUGGCUCGACCUCGCGAGAUGUAGACUUUGACCGUCUGCCUUCUCGCCCCAGCAGCUAUAUCGAAGGACAAUCCCGAUAUCACACCCACCACCUGCCCCAGGAGAACCCUUACUACGACAACAGAGUACCCUUGACCCCGACAUCCCGCACACGUGGACUCGACUCUAGCGAUCCCAGCAAUUAUCUACCCCCCCUGCGCAGCUAUGAGUCCGUGGCUCCUCCCCUCUCGUCACCCAGCACUCGGCAUGAUGCCAGGAACUAUGCACGAGGGUACGAUGCCGAGCGAGUAGGCUACACGCCCUCCCGUUCGAGCACGCUGGCAACCACGGUCGCCGGCUACCCAGCCUACAGCAGCCCCGUCCACGCCUCGUACCCUGGGCACUACGGCAGCGGCGGUGGAGGGGACUACGAGCCGGCGAGCCAUCCCGGAGCGUACAUGGACGCCAAAUCCACCAAGUACGACGACGCCGGCGACGCUAAAAGCAAGAAGCGGCGCGGCAACCUGCCCAAGCCAACGACGGACAUCCUGCGGGCCUGGUUCUAUGAGCACCUUGAUCAUCCGUAUCCGAGUGAGCAGGAUAAACAGAUGUUUAUGACUCGUACGGGACUGACGAUCAGUCAGAUAAGCAAUUGGUUCAUUAAUGCCCGACGUCGACACCUGCCGGCGCUGCGCAACCAGGGCCGCAUCUCUGAGUCCGAACGGCCGCGUCCCAGCUCGUCGCUGAGCGAAGACGAUCCCGAUUAUGAUACGUCGCCUUCUCGUAGAUGA